UGUUUCCCAUGGACACCGUGCGAAAGCGAGGCAGCUGGUGUGUUUCCGCUUACCUCACACUGAGAAGAACGAAACCGGUUAGCUUUUGGGACAAAGCGAAGGAAACGACAAUACCAUACAAAAAUAAGCCAUUUCGCACUUAACCUAACAUUUUGGAGAAUAGUCUGUCUAUUUGAAUGAUUUGAGUCCAUGUCCCGACAGUGAGAACGAAGAGGAGGGCUUGAAGGCAUUUAGGCUUUUCGUUGGUUGAACCUCAGCGGACUGUAGAGCUGGUAUCCAGGGGAAAGAUGAGUGAUGGAAUGGUAUCGUGUGAGACGAGAGCCCUGGCUUCCUCUCCAGUCCACAGACUGGCUACAUCUGUACUCCUCCUCCUCCUCGCUCUGCUCCCCCACGGACACGCAUCAGGAUGUCCUCGACCGGUGGCCGUGGUGCACGGGGAGCUGGUCAACCAGACGGAGGCGAACCGAGGCUCCUUCCCUCCUGGUACCCUGCUGUCCUAUGGCUGUGAGCCGGGCUACGCCCCCGAUGGACCGGCCUCCAUCACCUGUACCACCGCUGGGACAUGGACCCGCCUGCCUCUACGCUGUAUCAGCACUAAUGUGUGCCCCCCUCCCACGGAGCCAGAGAACGGAGGGUACAGGUGCCACCCGUCCCCCUGCCACCGCCUCACCCAGAAGACCGUGAUAGAGUACUUCUGUGACGAGGGCUACGCUCUGAAGGGGGACCUCAAGUUCCUGACCUGUCAGAAUGGGGAGUGGGACGUACCCAUGCAGAUCACCUGCCGCCUCAGCCCAGAUAAGGAGCCGCGGUCUCCGUUGGCGAUGCCGACUCUGUCCAUCGUAGCGUCCACAGCCUCCUCUGUGGCCCUCCUGUUGCUGCUGGUGGUGCUGUUUGUUCUGCUGCAGCCCAAACUCAAGUCCUUCCACCACAGCAGGCGUGAGCAGGGUGUCUCAGGCCAGCCAGCCUCUAUCGUGGUGGAAGGGGUCCAGGUGGCCCUCCCCUCCUAUGAGGAGGCAGUGUACGGCAGCGGCGCCUCUCUCCCCCCACCUCAAGAAUCCCGGGUUCAGAUCGUCCUGUCUGAGGGCCCCCAGGGGGCCGAGGGCGGAGCAGAGGGACCGGGUCCCAGCAGUAGGUCCCAGUCCCACCAUCACAGAGACAGAGCGAGAGAUACAGAGCUGUGCCUCCCCUCCUCCUCUUCCUCCUUCCCUUCAUCCUGCCGUCACGCAGAGACAGUACUAGUCCACCAGGCCUCCUCUUCGUCGUCGUGGGUUACGGCACACGGAGGGGGUGCCCUUGCCAGACGUAGAGACUCAGAGAACAGUGACCAGCACAGCCUGCUUUCUGUCACCUCCGUAGACGACUUCUCUGAUGAUAUCCCCCUGUUAAAGGAAACCUGAAGCCCCUACAGCUGAGCAGGAAACUAAGGCUUCUACUGGGGCUUUCUAGCUGAACGAUACCACCCUACCUUAUGUCUGAACCACAGAACUACAGAAUUACCCCGCGCAGCAAAUACAGGAAUCAUGUCAAAGAAACUCAACUUCCCUCCCCCUCUACAUCUGCAACUUCUCACACGGCGCAAAGACGAGCAGAGUCCACUUCACCCCCAUUUAUUAUCACCCACAGAACUUAUACUGGACAAACCAUGUCCACUCCCAGUAUCCUCUACCCAUGUCCUGGCUACCCCUUCUGCAAUGAUCUCUAAACUACUACCCGUGUGGAGAAGACAAGACUACCCUCUUUCUUUCUUACUGGGAAAUGAGCCCUUAAUUCCUCCUGUCCCCCUCAGUUUUAGAAUGGACCUCCACACACACAGACAGACAGACAGACAGACAGACAGACAGACAGACAGACAGACAGACAGACAGACAGACAGACAGACCGACAGACAGACCUAGCUGCUUGACCCCAAUCAUCCACACUUCCCUCUAGGCCUAACUUCCUGACCCCAAUCAUCCACACUUCCCUCUAGGCCUAGCUGCUUGACCCCAAUCAUCCACACUUCCCUCUAGGCCUAACUUCCUGACCCCAAUCAUCCACACUUCCCUCUGGACCUAACUUCCUGACCCCAAUCAUCCACACUUCCCUCUAGGCCUAGCUACUUGACCCCAAUCAUCCACACUUCCCUCUAGGCCUAACUUCCUGACCCCAAUCAUCCACACUUCCCUCUAGGCCUAACUUCCUGACCCCAAUCAUCCACACUUCCCUCUGGACCUAACUUCCUGACCCCAAUCAUCCACACUUCCCUCUAGGCCUAACUUCCUGACCCCAAUCAUCCACACUUCCCUCUGGACCUAACUUCCUGACCCCAAUCAUCCACACUUCCAAAUGCUUUAUCUCAAACCACAAGGCUAGUA